AUGGCUCCUCCAAAACACAUUAGUGGUGUUUCGGUUGCUAUCACGACUCUGAUACUUCUUGUAACAUGUUGUCAUUGCGCAACCUACCAACAACAAUUCAUGGGUCCACAAAACGCAGUAAGAGCUCGUUUGAGGCUCAAACCGCUAAAAUGGGACGCCAAAUUGGCCCGUUACGCACAAUGGUGGGCUAACCAAAGACGCCGGGACUGCGCCUUGAUCCAUUCCAAUGGACCCUAUGGUGAGAAUCUCUUUUGGGGGUCAGGCAAGAGAUGGAGCCCGUCUCAAGCCGCAUAUGGAUGGUUGUCGGAAGCAAGGAGCUAUCACUAUAGAUCAAACUCUUGCAACGGCGAGAUGUGUGGACAUUACACACAAAUUGUAUGGAAGAACACACAAAGGAUUGGCUGCGCUCACGUGAUCUGCGAUGGCGGAGGAGGCGUGUUCUUGGCUUGCAAUUACGAUCCCCCGGGGAAUUUUCUUGGUAGGAAGCCUUAUUGAGUUUGAUCCAUUUGUAUAUGUCAAACACUCAUGCCAAAAGAGGCUGCUCUUGCGUUAUAAAGUUAUUUUUUUAUUGGUUCAUA